AACAAACCUCGCUGCUGCAUGUACUGUAAUUCCUCUCUGGGAUCAAUAAGGAUGAUCUGAUCUGAUCAGACAUAGAUGGCUUGAAUGUUCAGAUCAGAGCCAUGUAUAUAGUACAGUAGAAUGUUGAACAUUCAGCACAAUUCGCACUGGGUAUUUAUCUAUUUUUCUGUUUUAUUUUUUCUGUUUAUUUGUCGAGUUAUUUAUGUGACGUAUUAUCCCAGCUGGUUGGCAGCACUUUAAGCCACACGCUUUUAAUGAGCACUGUCAAAAGCUGGUUCGACUGACCAUUUCAGGUUAGGUUCCAGUGGGACCUGAUUCACUUAGUCUCAAGUCCAUAUCCACCGCUUCAGUGUCCCUGUCUCUAUACUGGCUAAUCAUUAUUCAGAUGAUAUAUAUGAGCCAGAGUCAAGGAACGGUUGGUGUAAAGUUCGCUGGGUUAGAGACGGACGCAGAAGCUCCAGUGAAGCGCAGAGAUGGCUCUGGUGCUGGGAUCCUACACCGCGGCGUCCUUCAUCGUGACGCUUUCGGUCGCCUUUGUGACUUAUGUCAUGUACCAGUUGCUCAGCAGGUUUAUCCACAAAUGGAAGGAGAUGAAGCCCAUCCCCGGGCUGGAUCAGACCUACCCGAUCUUGGGCAACGCACUCUAUUUCAAAUCCAGCGCUGGAGAAUUCUUCCGCCAGAUAGUCCAGCUGACAGAACAGUUCAAGAAAGAGCCACUGAUGAAGUUGUGGAUUGGACCGGUACCAUUUAUUGUCCUGUUCCAUGCUGAAAACGUUGAGAUGGUGCUGAACAACCCCAAGCACAUGGACAAAUCAUAUAUCUACAGGUUCCUCCACCCGUGGCUCGGCACCGGUCUCCUGACCAGCACCGGGGACAAGUGGCGCAACCGGAGGAAGAUGCUGACCCCCACCUUCCACUUCUCUAUCCUGACUGAGUUCCUGGAGGUCAUGAACGAGCAGGCGGAGGUGCUUAUGGAGAAGCUGGAGAAAGAGGCUGGUCAGGGACCAUUCAACUGCUUCAACCACAUCACGCUCUGCGCUCUGGACAUCAUCUGUGAAACUGCAAUGGGAAAGAAAAUCUAUGCUCAAAGUAACCAAGACUCUGAGUAUGUCCGCAGUGUGUACAAGAUGAGCGACAUCAUUACCCGCAGGGUGAGGAUGCCCUGGUACUGGCCCAAUUUCAUGUACCACCUCCUUGGGGAUGGGAAGGAGCAUGACCGGAGCCUGAAGGUUCUGCACUCCUUCACGAACAGUGUGAUCCGAGAGAGAGAGGAAUACAUCUCCAACAUUGAGUCAGACAGCGAAUCCGACGAAGGUAGGAGGAAGAGGCGGGCUUUCCUGGACAUGCUGCUGAAGACGACAGAUCAGCAUGGCAACAAGCUGACCCCUAAAGACAUCCAGGAAGAGGUGGACACCUUCAUGUUCGAGGGCCAUGACACUACAGCCUCAGCAAUGAACUGGGCCAUUCACCUCCUGGGUUCUCACCCUGAAGUGCAGAGAAAGGUUCAGCAGGAGCUGCAGGAAGUGUUUGGUUCCUCGGACCGGCCUGUGAACAUGGACGACAUGAAGAAGCUGCAUUACCUGGAGUGUGUCAUCAAAGAAUCCCUCCGCCUCUUCCCCUCGGUGCCCAUGUUCGCUCGCAGCAUCUGUGAAGACUGUGUCAUCAAAGGCUACAAGGUUCCCCGGGGGGCCAACGCCAUGAUCAUCCCCUAUGCCCUGCACCGGGACCCACGCUAUUUCCCAGAGCCAGAGCUGUUCCGGCCGGAACGCUUCCUGCCUGAGAACUCCGCGGGUCGGCACCCCUACUCCUACAUCCCGUUCUCCGCCGGGCUCCGGAACUGCAUCGGUCAGCGCUUUGCGCUGAUGGAGGAGAAGGUGGUGCUGUCCUACAUCCUGCGCUACUUCAACAUCGAGGCCAUGCAGAAGCGAGAGGAUCUCCAACUCAUCGGGGACCUCAUCCUGCGUCCAGAGAAGGGGAUCUGGAUCCGCCUGACGAAGAGGACCCGUUAGACACCACCCACCCCAAUGUCUGUCCUUUACUGAUAGUCCCAGAAAGCGUAGCUGCUCCCCUUUCCGGUUUCCCAGCAUAUCUGCCAUGGCCCCCCCACCAUGCUUUUCUAUCACAUGUGUAACUGCCUAUAUUUUCCUCCCUUGGCUCCCUCCUGCCUCUUCCUGAUGUCCUGAACGUGUCAGCUGACAGACACUUAACCUGACAGGAAUGUUAUUGUGGCUGAGGGCGGACAGCAUUAAGGCUGAUUCAGACGAAAAUGGCCCGGAGCCUUAACCUUAAACCCAGGGAGACGUCGAUUUCAGACGAACAGCCCCACAAAUGUCUUCUGUUAAUUUGCCGCCAUGAAAAGAGAAACGAGUGCAUUUCCUGCACGUUCACUUUCAAGGUUGACGGGGCAUCUGUUUCUGUCUCCAUCGCCCCUCUCCACUUUGGGGUGGAAUGGGGUGGGGGGGGGCAUCAGGCAUCAGGGCAAAGGGGGACCUGAAGUGAAUGGGUCAGAAAGUCUAAAAUAAAGCCGUAAGGAAACCCCUCCCCCAAAAAGCAGCAAAAAUAAAUUUACAUAAUACUCUCUAGAGUUGCUUUUUUCUCAAAUGCGAUGUUUCUCAGACACAUAUUUCCUGGCCACUCAGUUUUUAAAAUGGCUUAAAACCUUAGUUGGUCAUGUGACCAGCCAACAGCCAAUCGGGAGAUAAAAGCAGGGGUUUCAAACGCAGGUAGGCCGAGUGCAUGUCCGAGCGUGCGUCAUGAGGCGCUAAGCAAGGCCAUCACCCUCCGAACGACAGAACAGCUGUGCAGUUUCACAUCGGCCAUGAAGGACGGCUCCUGAACGUCACAGCAGGCUGAAGACCUGGCCCCACUGCAUCUCAUAUGGGGCACAAUGGCCGCUCCCUUUCCCACCGCCAGCACUCUUUAUACUUGCGGAGAGUAACUACAUGCCAGUUACUGUGCAUUUAAUGCACCAUGAAUUUUAAAAGCAGCCAUGCUGAGUUGCUUAAUGGACUGUUUGAUUCUCGGGACAGUUUAAUUACGGCCGUCUGUUAUUAUGGAUGCUGCGGUUCAUUGUCCCCCGAUGAAGUGUCCCUUGUUAGUGAUGCUGCCGAACGCUCUCCGUGGCCCAGUCAUGUAGCCCAUCCCACAUACAUUAACGAGGUCAGAUCGAUAGUUGGUUAGGCUGAAAAGGUGAUUAGUCGCAUGCACUUUGCUGGCCAUUGGUGUCCCAAUACCAUUAACCCACUCAAUGGAUGGCUUUGUUUCCCGAAACACAAUGCUGACAUUAGUUUGAAGACUAUGCUGGCAGACACAGGCACCAUAAUUACGUUCACUUUUUUCAGUAACACUACCUUAAGGCAAUGUUAUUCUGUGGAAAUAACAUCUCCAACACGUCCUCUGCCACCCCUACUAUGUUAUUCUGCCCCUUUCAUAGCAGAAUCCAAUGUUUAAACAUUAUUAAAGGUAUAUUAGAUAUCCAA